AUGUCUGAUCAAAACGCUACAGCCAGAGCUGGGCUCAGCAAUAACGCUCUCAAGAAGAAAGAACGACCAUCUCACGCUGCCAGCGACGAUAGCAACAGUGUGCUCGCUGCCGAUGAGGUCGCGGUUGACGAUGUCUCUUCCAUCAGCGGAGUAACCUUCGCCUCUUCAACGACAAGCGUCACUGGCUCCGUUCUCGAGUAUCGACAAGAGAAUGGACGGACUUAUCACGCGUACAAGGAAGGGAAGUACAUGGCGCCAAAUGACACCAAAGAGAUCGAUCGACUUGACUUACAACACAACCUGUUUAUUCGCACCUUUGACGACCGACUUGGAACUGCACCGCCCAGCCAGUCAGGCUCUAAGGUUGGGCGUGUAUUGGAUGUUGGUACAGGUUCGGGCUCUUGGGCCAUUGACUUUGGCGACGAGCAUCCUGAGGCUGAGGUUCUCGGCAUUGAUCUGUCUGCCGUUCAAACCACAUUCGUACCGCCAAACGUGACUUUCAUAGUCGACGAUAUCGAAGAGCCAUGGACCUUUUCGCAGCAUUUCGAUUACAUACAUAGUCGAACCAUGACCGGAAGUAUCUCUGACUGGAAGAGAUAUGUCCAAAGAUGCUACGACAACUUGAACCCUGGCGGCUACUUGGAGCUCAACGAUAUCGAUGCUGUACCUGUCUCAGAUGAUGGGACCUUGACUCAAGACAGCGCGAUUUUGAAGUGUGCAGACCUCUGCCUGAAGGCGAUGGUCAUCUUCGGAUCGCCUUUCCAGGAGUUUGGUCGUCUCGAAGGGGUUCUGAAAGAGGUCGGGUUCACCGAUUUGCAGGUCCAUCGCUUUAAAUGGCCGACCAAUAGCUGGCCCAAAGAUCGGAAGCAUAAGGAGAUUGGUGCCUGGAACUAUGAGAACAUUGCGCCCAACUUCGACGGGUUUAUCAUAGCUCCCCUGACACGAGCCCUCCGCUGGACGAAAGACGACGUUGUCGCCCUUGCCACUGAAGUUUGCAAGGAACUUGGCGACAAGAGCAUCCACGCCUACUAUAACAUUUGGUCCAUUCACGGAAGAAAGCCUCUGUGA